UUUGAAGUUGUAAUCAGUAUAUAAUUUACCGAAUGCUAACAUUCCUCCCUGAAAUCAAUGACUUAGAUAAUGAACAUCACUGGUCUCAAAAUGCAGCCUUGGUGUACCCCCAGCAAAAAUAAGUUUGGAUGAUGACAAAUAACGUAUGUUAUCAAACCAACCAUAAUGAUCUAUUCUGACAUCAUCAGAAAUCCGGCUUGAUUUGUAAAAUAAGACUGUUAUGUUUUCAUGUAAAGAAUAUGCCUGAUACACGUUGUGAGAUAUGGACUAGUUUCUAUUGAUGUGGAUGUGGGCAUAUAUAUAAUCAACCAAAUGAGUGAUUUUAAAAAUAACAAUUCCUACUUUGUUUAUUGUAUACUUCAACAUUGUCUGACUGAUACUGUCUGCAUCGUCUUGUAACUACUUGUUUACAAUAACAUACACAGGGCACGCGAGUCUAAAUAUAGAUUUUAACAUCAGUGCCCUGUGUUUCUGUAGGUGAUUCACAAAGAAGCUGCUAGACAACAAUGACUUACAAACCGUCUGUUCUGGCCUUGGUGAUGGUUGGCCUGACCUUUUCAUUGUGGACGAUAGCCAUGGUUACACCAGGGUGGCUGGUUUUUUAUAUGAUUAACGAGCUCUAUCCACAGGGGAUGGAAGCGGCCCUCAGUAUAUUCUAUUAUACGACGUGUUUUGCCUCCAGUAUUUGCGAGACUGAAUCGCUGUCUUCUUCCAAAGAAGAUCACUCGUCUAAACAACUGGCAAAAAUGCCUCACACCCUAGAAAUCCAGCUUGAAGCUUGCUUUGCCCUUAUCGUAUGCGGUGCUGGUUUCAUUAAAUUACUGCUGGUUAACAUGUCCGCCCUUCCAACUUCUUCCCAGAUCGUGACAAGUGGGAUCCUGGUAUUCGUCGGAGUGGCAUCUGAAGCUACACUUGUUGGUCGAAUGAUUGCUGCUAACGUGAAUAUAAAAAACGCUUUCACUUUGUUACUUGAGAUGUCAUCUACAGAACUUCAACCAUACCAAGAGAGCUACCGUCUCGACGUUCCAUACUCCAUCAUCAUUGCGUUACUCGGCGUCGUCACUGGCAUCAUCUCUUGCUUUGUUCUCAUCUCCUUCUUCUGCAGAAAUCGAAACUCGCCCGUCUGAUAUCAACAUGAAAAUACAAUAGUUUGUACGCAAACGUAUUCGUAUAUGUUGUUGAACAAAAGCUUUCACAAUCGUUGCUUAAUUUGCAAGAAUCCAAUAUCAUGAGAAUUUACAGUUCUGUUUUCAGCAGUGUAAUCUUUAUGAAUUGAACGAGAGCGAUGCACACUUUCAGUAUGAUAUAUGGCUAGGACUGUUUGUAUGUUGCAAUGGGUAUGCUAUAAGUGAUGUUGGUUUUGGUUUCGUAUACUUUCAGAGUCGGUAGGUCAAGAAAGUAGUGCAUCAAAAUGAAGUAGUACCUCGAAUUUCCUUAGAGUACAUGUAUUCAUCAGAUUUUCAGAUUCAUGUUCCUGUCAUGAAGACAGAAACGCCAUUUUAGAACGUAUCACUGUUUGUAAUUAUCUUUUUGCAUUAUUUGUUAAUUACUCCAGAAUAAGGAAUUCUAUAACCUCACUUUCAUUUUUUGGGGAUUUCUAAUCUAAGUCAUUUUGCCGGAAAACAAACUGAAAUGGAAAACAUAACAACAUAUCACUUGAAGGACACUUGAUCGUCCAAAGAAAAUUAUAGGGAGACCUGUGUGAAAAACGAUUAUCAUUUUCGCCUAUGGAAUACAGUGAAACUUCUCAGAAAACUGGUUCUCCCUGAAUAUCGGCCGAUUUUCAAAGUCCCGGCAGAAAUCUUAACAUUUCCUUGCAAAGAAAUUCUUACAGAACCGGCCACCCCUGAAAACCGGACAACGGCCACUUUUUAAAGAACAUUUGUUAACAGACAUGUGUAAUUUACCCUUAUGACACCGGCCACUUUCUAAAGACGAGAACAUUUGGCCAGAAGAGUGAUCAAGAUCGGCCAGGUGUGAAAAAUGACUGACCGACUGGCCAGGUGGGAAAUUAUCGACCGGAGGAGUGAAAAACGCAACAACAACAAAAUUAUUUAUUCUCAAAUAGAUACAACAUGUGUAUUGUAGAGAAGCAAUUCGUAAUAUAUAAUACAAUAUUGUACAUAGCAUGCAGUUAACAUGGAGGACAUACCCUCUCUCUUAUAACCAUUAAAAAUUUGCAUAAUCUUUUAAGUACAAUAAUAUUUUUACAAUUAAGAAGCUGUUUAAAUUUAUAUCUGUCUGUUCUAUUUGUAUAAUAUCUAUCUAAGCUUUCCAAUCUUGAUUUCUUAAUAGUUUCAUCAGUACAUAUAAAUAAAUAAUGGAACUCAUCAGCCAAAUCAUUAUUAUUACAUAAAGUGCAUACUCUUUUAUUUCUUGGAAUGUUUAACCAUCGUCCUGUCUCUACAGGUAAUCUAAAAUUUGAUGCUCUAAAUCUACAAAGUAUUUCUCUUUUAUUUUUAGGAAGUUCAUCUGAAUAAAAUUAAAAAUUUGGUUCAUUUUUAAAGAUGGAAUAAUUAAUUGCUUUUGACAAAUUGCAUAAAAGUUCAUUCCAUUUCUGUAUACUCUGAUCCUUCAGUGUUUGUAAUACCUUUGCAUUUAACCAAUCUGUGUUUUAAAAAAAAGCUUCAUUUUCCCAUACAUAUGACAAUCCACACUCAUUUAAAAUGUUUCUAAUGCAUUUUAUCGAAGGGUUAUUAUUAUCUUUACAUAUAAGUGAAUACAUAUUUUUGUAAUUUUUCUAUUGUCUGAUAAAAUAAUUUUUGACCAAAA